GUGGAGCCCUGCCUGGGCUGACGCUGUCUCCAUGGCGACAGAGGGAGCUUCAGAUCCGCCAGAACGGCUGCAACGCCCAGAAAUGGCAAAUGACAAAAGGCCAGUAAGUGCUCACGUACCUUGCAAUCCAACUUUUGGGGCAUCACAAAGAAAUAAUGAAUUCUUAACUUCAUCAACGUCUUCAUGUCAUAACAGUGUACAAACUACGGUAGUGAAGCAGUAUGUGAAUAAAGUCAUCACAUCUUCUUCCCACUUACAUCAUUUGCCAAGAAAAUUUAUUUCACCCUAUGCAAAAACAGCAAUUAAAAAUACUGACAGAAAGCAAAACUCUAGACAGCCUCUGUUUGGCCCUAACAUUCAUCUGCAAUCGGCAGUGGUAUCAAGAAGGUCAGGACUUCAAGAUUGUUCCACACAUCAAACAAAAUCAGUUCAGAGCAGUGAUAGAAUAUCAAACCUAGGCACCUACAAAUCAGACAGUACAAACAAUUUCUGCCUUAUAUCGCCAUCCAAGAGAAACAGACCUGUCAGUGCUCCAGCAGGUCAGCUAAGAUGUACACAGUUCUCUUCCUCAAGACUCCAGCUGGCCCAGAAAGAAUCUGAAGUGCCCCAAGUUAUUAAAUGCCAGCCAAGGGUAAUCAAAGUAACGGCUUACAAGAAUGGCACAAGAAGUAUUUUUGCUAAGAUUGCUGUACCAUCCAUUAAGCUGCUGCUGGAGGAGUGCACUGAAAAACUGAAUCUGAACAUGGCUGCACGACGAGUGUUCUUGGCAGACGGCACUGAAGCACUAGAACCUAAAGACAUACCCCAUGAUGCCGACAUUUAUAUUUCAACUGGAGAGCCUUUUUUAGAUCCAUUCAAAAAAAUUAAAGACCAUCUGUCAUUAAUGAAGAAAGUAACUUGGACGAUGAAUGGUCUGGUUCUUCCUACUGGUGCCAAGAGAAGGAAAACCAAGCCUGUCCUUUCCAAUCGCAUGAAGAAGCUUAUUGAGAAGUCCUCAUUCAGGAUUUUGGUGUUUAAGAAUUGCUCUGGGCAGGAUGGCUAUGAGAUUAUUGCAACACAGGACCAAAUUGAAAAGUUUUUAGAUGCUUGCACAAUAAGAAUGAAUCUUACUUCACCAGCAAAGCAUCUGUACAACAUUCAUGGAGCAAAAAUUGAAGAUCUCGUCAGUGUUCCUCUGCUUGACAAAUGCCUGCAAAAUUCCAUCACACCUUUGCGUGGACCUGUUUGGGUCUCUAAGGGAGAAGGUUUCAGCCCCUCAGGAGCAAAGAUGUAUAUCCAUGGAGUUCUUUUGGCCUUAUACCAACGAUUAAAGUCUGCAAAAAACUAUUGCAAACAGAUGGAUUUUGCCAUUGAUGGUCAGAGAAGGGAAAUCACAGAAAAAGGCAUUCUUUCAAUGACAACAGAGGAAUUAUAUUUAGAGCAAGAAAAGGUGAACAAGCUGAUUGAGGAAUUGCAAGUGGCUAUCAAGAGCUACAAAGGUCACCUCUCAAAACUUGCCCCACAAUUGCAGGCUGAGCAGGAGCAGUGUGCCUCUUAUGUCUACCAACACAUUAAAAGGCUUCCAGCAAACAUUGUUCUCUCACAAGGCUUGCAGCUAAAGGUAUAUGAAAAUGGCAAAGACACAGGGGAGAUCCUAGUUUAUAUCAACAAAAAAGAGAUGGAGAAUAACUGUAGGAAUCAACCCAGUGUUAUGAUGGAUAGGCUGCUGCAUAUGAUUCAUGAAAAACUACAAUAUUCAGCAGACUUCAAACCAACAGGCCUCAAUCUUAUUCCUGCCCGGCUUUUUGAUGAGAAAGGACAAGAAAUUAAAAACCCACUUUUACUGAAGAAUGAGCAAAAAAUUUGGGUUUCUUAUGGUAAAGAUUACAGGUCUCCCUUAAACCGUGUUCUAAGUUUGACCUUUGACAGAGUGACUGCAGCUGAGAAGGAUGGUAUCACAAUUAUUUAUAAAACUCUUCUGGAUCCUAAUGUUGAUCUGCUGCCUGGAUGUGACAAUUGGGAAGCUUGUACAGAAUUUCCAGACAACUUCCAGUGCACAAACCACCAGACACUUCAAAACUUGGAAAAGGUGGACAUGAAUAGCCAUUUUAUACAGUACAAGGCCGAUCCCCAGAUAGUUUUUCAUGUCUCUGUUGCCAUGGAUAAAAUGAGGAAGGUACUUCCCAGAAGAAUGGACUGUCAGGAUCUAAAAGUCCCAUCAACACUGCGGCCUUUGGCUAACAUGUGGCUAAUCACAAAGGCUGGAAUGAUUCUGAGUCGAGCUAUGGUACAGAGCUGUCUAGCUAUUGGUCAUCCAAUUAGAGUUGAGACAGAUGAUGGCACAUCUCUGGAAGGAUAUAAGUUAACAGUACAGAAAAGAGACAAAAGUAGCAUCUAUCAACACUGGGGGUUUGGAAAUGAUGGUUCUAUCUAUUGUAAGGCUUACCCUGAGUUUGUCCUGACCUACCUAGAGGAGCUAAAUGUAAGAGAGGAGGUGACCCAGAUGGAACACCACAUCCACCAUGGGGCCUGGUCUACAGCUCAUCAGGAGAUAGAGAGCAGCUCCGCAGAAGAGGUCACUGUACCAAGCCAGAGGCAGGUUCUGCAAAAAAAUGUCAACAACUCCAAUCAGAAACAACUUUCAGGACCUUUGGACGCCCAUUUAAUGCCUGCAGGUCCCCUAAGGGAGACUAUGCAGCUGACAGUCGCACUGGUGAGGAAACUAGAAGAGAAACAUCCUAAGGCCUCAGCUCAAAGAUGGGCUAUAAAGCAUGAAGGGACAACUAAACCAGACCAAUGGAAACAUUCCAAAGUGGAGAAUCCGCUAUGGAAUAAGCUGACAUACAUGUGGCCUGUCCUUCCAAAUGGAGAACUUAAUGAGGAUUUUGACUGGCCAAUUGAGGGAUUGCUGGUUCCAAACAGUCCUUCACUUAAGAAACCAGCUGGCAAGAAGUCAGAUUGGUAUAUACCUGUGAGACUGAGGGCUUUGCACAAUGGAGACAGGGACAAAAGCAAGGCUAUCACCAUCAUUGGACCUGAUGUUACAAAUAUGCUAAACAGACAAAAUAUUCAUCCUGAAAAGAAACAGAAAACAAAGGAGAACCAGAAAAUGCAUCCUGAUGAAGACCGUGGAAUGGAAAUAUACAAGAUAGAAUUUCAGCACUUUUUGGACAAAUGUACUGCAAUGUUGAAUUUACCUGCUGCUGCUCGAAGAUUGUUCACUGAAAAAGGCGUGGAACUCUUUCUUUUGAAAGGCCUUGAGAGAGAUCAGCUGGUGUAUGUGUCAUGUGGAGAACCGUGGAUUGAUCCACACUUGACUGUGGCUCAGCACAAAAAACGUCUCCUACUCAAUAAUUUAGCGUCAGAUAUAUCUGCAAUUCAUGCCUACUGUAUCAUGCGUAACCCUGAAAUUCUAGUUUUAGGAGUAAGGAGCAAUAUUGCUGCUGGAGCCAAACUUUUUUUGGAUAGAUGUCUUGUGGCUUUUGAAGAAGAAAAACUAACUGAGGAGCUGCAGGAAAAUCAAACAGAAGAAAUGUUUCUGAAUAUAAAAGAUGAUUCAGAUCUUAAUUCACAUGCAAAAUCACAUCUUAAAACAGAUGCUUGGCAUAUGAAAUCCAAAUAUUCCUGGCAGGAAAGUUUCUGUGAUUUUCAUGAUGAUGACAGUUUUCCGAAGGACAAGGAUAAAGAAGUCUGUGAAAAUGCAGAGUUAUUUCAGAAGUACAGACCUCAACCAAAGCUGAAUGCAGAAUUGCAGAAGGCUCACCAUCAGCAGUUUGAGUUUAGAGACAAACAGAUUAUAAACUGUGCAUUCCCAGGGCUUGUUUUGGGGGUACAGGAUGCUAAUUUGCGUGCUGGGACUGAAGUUGUUUUGGUGGAAAAGAAACCUGAUGAUACCAAUCAGCGCUGGGUAUGGAGAGAUCAUGACAGGACAUUUCAUUUGAUGAGUGAUCCAAAUCUAGUGCUAGCAGUGUCAAUGCCCAGCACACAGCCUAAAUAUUCAAAAUGUGCUCUGGACAUGAAAGGGUGUGCUGUUGUUCUGCAGAAAUAUAAAGAAUACAGCAAUGGGGCUGCCAAUCAAAAGUGGCAUUACAUGGAAAAUGCAGGAGUAUUUAGUGCCUUUUACAGCACAGUACUGGAUCAAGAAAUCACAGCAGCAAAUCAUGUUUCUGUUUGCACAUUCUCUGUGACCAGUAGAGAAAAAAUAGACCAGCCAGGCUACUGUUUUCUUUCACCUAGUGGAAAGCAGAAGUUCAUGAUAUGCUUGGCUUGUGCAAGGGCCAUAAGAGGAAAGAAAGAACUGAAAAAAUUACCCACAGGUAGCAUGUUCUUCUGUGCCUCUGGCUCUGAGGAAGCAAAUCAUUUCUCCUUGGGGCCUUUUAAGUGUGUUAAUGUGAUGAAGACUGAUUUAUCCACAUUGGAAGCUGAAAAUACCUUGAAUUAUUUAGAAGAAGUUCUAGCAUCUUUGCGGACCGAAACCUCCAUACAAACAAUCUCAGAAAAGAUCUCUGCAGCUAUGAACCAGAAAGCUGUGAAAAUAAUUGCAUACAGAAAUGGAGCUGGCUACCAAAAUGGUCAGUUAAUCAUUGCUAGCACAUUCCCUAUGCUGCUUACCAUGUGUACAAGACAACUUGAACUUACCAGGAAAGCCUGCAGACUAUAUACCAGUGAUGGAAUCCUAAUGCUUACCCUGCCAGAUUUAGUCACAUGGGCUGUAAAUGAGUGUUUCAGACAAAGUGACUCAGAAGAAGACUAUAAAGAGAGAACUGCAAUCACUGACAGUGCUGAAGGUGGGGCUGCACUGCAUACGGAAGAUAAGUACAUGGAGAAAGCGAAGAUAAAGUCAGAAUUAUCCUUGAUGACUCCAGACAGUUUGAACAUGAUAGAUGAUUCUUUGCUCACCAUCAUCCUCAGAAAUCCUAUAGAGGUCUGGGUUUCCUGUGGAGAACCUUUUCUACCUUUGGAUGCUUUGCAAAAGGCAGCAAGGCAAGAGAAACAAAACUGGUUAGAGAAGGACAAAAUUUUGGCUGAUCUAGAUGCUAUGAAACAUAAAAUGAGACAGCUGCAAGGGCGACGAAUAACAGCCUUUAAACCAUCCACCUUGGUGCCCACAAAAAGCCCAGUUCAGCCUGUAGUAGUAGAAGGAGGCUGGACUGAAGAAACCGAAGAAGAGAUGAGACUCAUGGAAAAUAUACAACAUACCGAGACACACUUCUCGGAGGUUCAAGCAUCACAGUUCAAAAGAAGUUCUCCAUUUUCAUCUAAACUGCUGUCAUCCAAACACAGAUGUCUGUAUGAUCAACCAUCUGCAAAAAGAGUGUGGGCUUACCGAAAUGGUUAUAAACCUGAGCAAGGAGUUUAUGCCUGGGGAAAAACAAUUUCAGAGCUGCUGGAUAACUGCACCACCAGGCUAAAUAUGCAACAGCCUGCCAAGGCUCUGUAUACACCGGAUGGUGAGCCACUCCAGUCAUGGGAUGAAAUAGAGAGAGACAUGCUUCUGUGUGUUUCUGCUGGAAGUCCUUUUCUGAGCAGAAGAGCCAUCAAGCAGCAGGUGGAACUUAGAGCUAUUUAUGCCAGAAUCCGAAAGCAGCAAGGUCCAGAUGCCACUAAUAUUGUUGUCUCUCCUUCAGAGAAACUUAAAGGACAGGCCAAAACUCCCAGUUCACUUCUGGCUCUAACUACCGGUGCUCAUUACCAGCUCAACAACUAGAAGGGAGGAAUUGCUUUGGCUGUCAGUAAACAAGUGAUUCCAGAAGAACAGUGACAAAAUGUCAUCAGCAAAUUAUCUUUAUUUGUUUCAAGCUGACUGCAAUCUACUGGCGUACUCUUCUGCACAAUUAAUCUGGUGUGACAUAAAAUGCAUUUCAGAAAUGCUGCAUUCUGAUGGCUGACCUCCUGUAUACAAUGCACAGAUCUUGGGAAAUCAGUUACAGUGCUUGUGCAUGCAUAUGCAGUAACUGCUUUUCAAAAGUGCAUGGCAAUGUGUGCUCCAUAUCUAAGGAAAUAAUUAAGUAUUGUGGCCGUGGGCUAUGUAAAUUCCAUAGCUUUCAGAAUUAGUCCACAGUGUUGAGGGACUGGAUAAUUAGAAAGAAUUUUCAGAACCUGUUCUUGCAAAGGCUGUCUGCAGUGAUUUUGUGUUUGAAGGGAAUAGUUGCAGGGAUCAAUUCUAAAAUACAUAUAUGUAAUUUGGAGAACAAUCCUCAGUAGGAAAAAUAGCUUUAGCAUAUGUCUAUAGGUGAAGUAAUUUACAUUGAAUUGAUUAAGAAUCCUAAUUAAACUUGUUUCUAAAGAUACUUGUUUUUGUAAUGUUCUAAAGUCCACUUUUUUAUCAGGAAUGAUCUAAAAGUAAACCGUGUUCUGAGCUUCUGCAUUGGUUCCUUGCAGAAAUGAACAGCGGCAGAAAAAAGUGGCAGGCAAAACAUUUCACACACCAUAAUCGUCACAGGUAUCCCAAGUUCUUUGAAAGUGCUACUCCAUGAGCUAUACAAUCAGAUUUGCUUGUUGUGCUUCUGAAGACAAGUUACCACCAUUUUUAAUGCAUAAAGACUGUCACUAUUUUGGGAAGAAAAUCUUUAUUAGGUGGAAAAGAGCCUAAUGUUGAACAUACGCACACAAAAAGCCUUCACCUGAAGCAGACACAUAGUACACCAAAGAGAAAAUAAAUCAGUGAGCAAACCAGUGGAAAAUUGUUCUUACCAAAAGAAAGAAGCUUAAGAGCCUACUCCAACACUCACUAAAGUCAAUGGUAGCCUUUCCAUUGACUUCAGUCGGUAUUGCGUAAGAGCCUAAGUUAAUAUUCCUUGCUGUUGUAAAGUCAUUUAUUGUAGCUUUACACAGUCCCUUUCAGACAAAGCUAACAACCUACUACUUUGGCCUUUGGUGGGGGUGGCGUGGGGUCUAGCUAUGAGAUAGGCGGAGACUAAGACAGAUUUGUUGGUCAGAAUAAGAGUCACAAGAUAGCUGUAACUAAACAUAGGCAGACACUUACUGUAGAUAUCUAGAUCUUGUUCAGUGAUGAUCAUAGGUCAGGCUUGAUAAAUAUGGGUCAGUUUGCUG